AUGGCAGAGGUGCAGAAGCAGAGGGAAGCCCAGAGACGGCGCCUGCAGCGUGCCAACCAAACAAGAAAACGGCCUGGCACGCCUGAAGCCGUUCCAGGUCGCAAGCACAUGGAUAUCCAGACCGAUUCGUAUCUGGAGAAGUUGACUGACCGUGUUGUGGAGUUUGAGGCAGAGACGCAGACGGAUUUUAUACUCGACCGCCCGCCGUCGCCGCUCUUCAUGCCUGCCAAGAUUGGCAUCGACAUCGAGACACAGAUCGAGGAUGGAGAGCUCUUUGACUUCGACGUGGAGUGUGAGCCCGUCCUCGAGGUCCUCGUUGGCAAGACCCUGGAGCAGAGCAUGAUGGAAGUCCUGGAAGAGGAGGAGCUCGCCAGCCUGCAGAGGCAUCAGGAAGACUUCGAGAAGCGCCGGAAUGCCGAACUCUUGGAGGUGCAGCGCAUGGAGGCCGCCGAGAAGCGUCGCGCAGACGAAGUGCAAAGGCGGGUGGCGCAGCAGGCAGCCAGGCACGAGCAGGACAUCUGCACGAUGCGGAAGGUCCUUGCCCGGCAGAUCGCUUCAGAACACCUCCAAGGCCUCAAGGGACGCCUUCUGCAGAACUUGGAGGAUGCCGGCGUCUUCGCAGACGUGGGCAGCAUGGCCGUGGAGACGAAGUUCAUGCCCGGGCUCCUCCAGGCCGUGGUUCAGCAGAUCAAGAACUCUGCGCACGAGCACGCCUUGGCCGACGCUGUCAUCUCCUCAAGCGUGGAGUCGAAGCCUGCGCCUGGGCAUGUCGCGUUCUGCGAUUCGAGGAGCUUUUGUGGCUCCCCCCGCCUCUCCCCUUGA